AUGGGGUCAGUGGCUAAGGGUGGACAGAAUGCUCCAUCCUCUGCAACACAUAAGCCUCCAACAGCAAAAGACAUUCCUCCAGUAACCUUCACAAACAUCGCUCACGUGAACGCUGCGACCUUUGAACCAUAUCUGGCGCAAGUUGGAGCACUUUGGGAUCCGUUUCAGAGGGCAGAGCCGGAAAGAGCAACUGGGAGUGGUUCGCGCAAAGAGCAAGGUCAAUUAAAGGACGAUGACUUCGCCGAAAUGCUGGAACAUGGCCUACGCCUAGAACAAAUCAGCCGAAAGAGCUCGUCAUCAACCCUUACCCCGAACGAGAGUCCUGCACCGAGUCGACGAGCGAGUGACGGUAUCUCGAGGCGUAAAUUGGAGGUCCCUCCUCUUUCAACGAUACCGCCCGUCUACUUUGAUAAGAACUUCCAGCUGGAAAACCCACGAACAUUCGACCUGGUAAGCGAGCGAUCAGAGAUCGUUCACAAGCCAGGAACUCCUUCCACCGCUGGAGAACCUAAUGAUUUCAUGAACGGCUCGGCCCAGAGACCCAGAAAAGCACUGGCUGCAAACGCCAUCUUGCAAGAGAAAUUAUCAUGGUACAUAGACACUGUGGAAGUGCAUUUGAUACCGUCCAUAUCCACAGCCUCCGAUUCCUUCUUUGCUGCAUUGGAGUCGUUGCGAGAGCUCCAAUCCGAAGCUGCCGAAUGCGUGAAGCGAACAAAAACACUGCGAGCGGAUCUAGGGAGUCUUGAUAGGAAAUUCGCCUCGGGGGGCUUGAAGGUAAUCGAAAUGAAGCGCAGAAGAGACAACCUACACAAAUUGCGCGAUGCCAAUGAGCAGCUCAGCAGCAUUAUGCAAGGAGUGACACAUUGCGAGGGGCUCAUAGACCGAGGUGACUUCGUACUUGCUCUUGACAGACUUGACCUGGUAGACAGGAUAAUUUUGGGAACGUUACCUCUCGACGGCAGCAACAACCUAUCUUGGCUGAAUACCCUUAUGCCACCGAGCUUGAUAGAUCUCCGGGAACUCAAAGCAUUGGAUGCUCUUGCGGAAGAAAUGCAACAGCUUCGCUUCCGUAUAGAGAAAGGCUUCGAGGCACGCUUCUUGGACACUCUACUGGUUGAUCUCCGUCAACACAUCAAGACUGUCACGCCGCAAGAUACCUUGCAACGAUGGGGUUCUGCCUUUCAACGAGGGCGGGGCGACAGUCAGCGACCGCCUUCCGAAUUACCUGCCUACAUGAAGGAAAGUAAUCAAGUACGAGAAAAUCUCAAAGCAUACUUACUGGGGCUGCACCGAUCCAGAUAUACUCAACAAGCGACAGUCGCUUUCCGUAACGGAAUAAUGAAGGAAAUGAAGGCGCUCAUCCGACAACACCUCCCUUGCUCCACUGAUGACGACAACGAGUCGCAGGCUUCAGUGUCUACAAGAGCGGGCGGUCGCACAACGUCGCAACAGGACAAAUCGGCCAUUCUAGCCAGAAAUCUGCGAGCACUGGACCCUGAGGCAGCUGAAGAUCUAUACUUUAGCAUCUAUACUGAUGUCGGCGAAGCUUUACGGAGACUGAGUAUUCAGGUGAAACUUUUACUUGAUGUCACAAGCGUUACAGCCAGCCCACCAAUUACAUCACCUGAGGCAAGACCUCACAUGCAAAGUCUAAAUUUGAGCACUCUUUCGAACAUCGGCGAGUUGAGUUCUGGAAAAUCGCCAAUUCUCUCUAGUCAAAUGCAGGAGGAGCUUACAGAAGCACUUGAUAUAUCAAGCUUGCUGGGCCAGGCUGUUGACGUCGCACAGACCCAGAUCACCAAAGUAUUGAAGGUACGAUCGGAGCAGACGGUGAGGCUGCCUCUCGCACGCUUCCUCAGAUACUUUCACUUGAAUCGCCUGUUCGCCGAUGAGUGUGAAGCAGUCUCCGGACGCUCUGGAGCGGCGCUCAAGGGCGUCGUCAAUAAUCAAAUUGGUGAAUUCAUACUGCUCCUGGGUGAUUCGGCGAAGCAGCAGCUUGCUUCGACUAUGGAUGUCGACAAAUGGGAAGCAAAAGAUUUUGGGCCUGAAGAGGAGGCCAUCUUGGGGAGGUUGCUACAGGGCAUGACCUUAGAUCACCAAGACUGGGUGAAGACGUCAGUGGUCUGGGAAAAGUUGGAAGAAGAGUCAUCCAAACCUAUUGACCUUAGCAGGGACGGUAACGGUGCAACCAAGAACAAGGUGCGAAAUGCCACAAUUGGCGAGCAGUCCUACAUACUUGUCGAAUCGGCUGUAGCUGCACUAAGGGGCAUUGACCGAUUUGCGAAUUUGAUCGUAACUAUCCCUGGCAUGACCAUAGAGGCCAGUAAUAUCCUGCUCGACUUCCUCAAACUAUUCAACUCCCGCUCAUGCCAACUCAUUCUGGGCGCCGGCGCCCGUCACAGUGCCGGAUUGAAAAGCAUCAACUCCAAACAUCUUGCUCUAGCGUCGCAAGCUCUCAGCUUUUUCAUCGCGCUUAUGCCCUACCUGAGAGAAUUUGUGCGCCGACACGCGAUAAACUCCCCCUCCCUUGCUGAAUUCGACAGGGUCAAACGCCUGUAUCAAGAUCACCAAUUCAGCAUACAUGAUAAGCUGAUAGACAUGAUGAGCUUGCGGACGACAGCACACGUCAACACCAUGAAAAAAAUUGACUGGGAUGCAGACGCUCGGGAGACUAGUCCUUAUAUGCAGACUUUGACGGAGGAGACGAGAAAACUUCAUAAAGUACUGAGCAAAAAUUUGCCGAAGAGCACAGUCGCAUCGAUCGUUGGACCGGUAAUCCAGGGCUACAAGGAGCAAUGGGGUAAGGCGUUCGAUGAGGCAGUCGUGAAGACGCUACAAGGCAAAGCACGACUCCUUCGCGAUGCAGUGCUCUUCGGAACGCAGCUUAACAAGAUCGACGGGGCUAGCGAGAUCGGAUCCUAUAUUACCGAGAUCGUAAAUGGGAAGCAGACUGACGGCCUCGAGAAGCCCGCCGACGAACAGAAGACGACCGUUCCACCUGUUCAUGACAAGGAUAAAGACACGGAAACCUCCAAGUCUUGA